GUCUUUGAGUUCAAUGAGUGGAGAGUGGACAUGAACUGAAAGACAAGACAUUCAUAGCGAUUCAUAGAUUCGGCGUGAGGAAGCCCUUAAAAAAAAUAAUUCUGCUGGAGUCACAACGAAGAUGCAACGAUGACUCAACCACAGCUGAAUGAGUUCAUUCCUCCUCCGGAGUGCCCUGUUUUUGAGCCCAGCUGGGAGGAAUUUGCCGAUCCUUUUGCGUACAUCAACAAAAUACGACCCAUUGCAGAGAAAACUGGCAUCUGCAAGGUCCGACCACCGCCGGAAUGGCAGCCACCAUUUGCCUGUGAUGUUGACAGACUGAAAUUCACACCAAGGAUACAAAGACUUAAUGAGUUAGAGGCUCAGACCAGAGUCAAGUUGAACUUCCUGGAUCAAAUAGCAAAAUUCUGGGAGUUUCAAGGAUGCACUCUGAAAAUCCCUCACGUGGAAAGAAAGAUUUUGGAUCUUUACCAGCUGAAUAAACUUGUGAAUGAAGAAGGAGGCUUUGAUGCCGUCUGUCGAGAGCGGCGCUGGACUAAGAUAUCUGUCAAGAUGGGCUUUGCUCCAGGCAAGGCUAUUGGCUCUCAUCUGCGGGCACACUAUGAGAGAAUCCUCUACCCAUACAACCUGUUCCAGAAUGGAGGCAAUCAGCCUAGAGCCACCUUGACCAAUGACACUAAAGAUAAAGAGUACACCCCACACGACCUGCCGCAGCGGCAGUCUGUCCAGCCUCAGGAGACCUGCAGCAUUGCUCGCCGUGCGAAACGCAUGAGAUCUGAAAGAGGCAGUUUUAAAACCGAACCAGGGGAAGUUUGUGAGAAUCGUCCCAAUCUCAGGAGGAGGAUGGGAACGUAUGUUGUCAAACAAGAACCUGUGAGACCGGUGGUUACUGAGGUGAAACGGGAGCCCAUUAAACAUGAGAAUCCAGUAGAUUAUGAAGAAGAAACUGUACUAGAUAAGAGACGUCCCUCGAGUAAAAUAGACCAGUACAUGUGCCUUGUUUGUGGCAACGGGACUGCUGAGGACCGCCUGCUGUUGUGUGAUGGCUGUGAUGACAGCUAUCACAUCUUUUGUCUGAUGCCUCCCCUCCACGAUGUUCCCAAAGGCGACUGGAGGUGUCCCAAGUGCCUGGCUCAGGAAUGUGGCAAACCUCCUGUUGCAUUUGGCUUUGAGCAGGCCGGCAGGAGCUACACCCUCCAGGCUUUUGGUGACAUGGCCGAUUCCUUCAAAUCAGAUUAUUUCAACAUGCCAGUCCAUAUGGUUCCCACUGAGCUAGUGGAGAAGGAGUUCUGGCGUCUAGUCAGCACCAUUGAGGAGGACGUCACUGUGGAGUACGGAGCAGACAUCGCCUCCAAGGAGUUUGGGAGUGGUUUCCCUUUGAGUAACAGCCAUUUUGAAGUCACUCCUGAGGAUGAGCAUUACCUGAGCAGCGGCUGGAACCUGAACAACAUGCCGGUGCUGGAAUCCUCUGUGCUGAAUCACAUUACAGCCGACAUCUGCGGGAUGAAGUUACCCUGGCUUUAUGUGGGGAUGUGCUUCUCCUCCUUCUGCUGGCAUAUUGAGGACCACUGGAGCUACUCCAUAAACUAUCUUCACUGGGGGGAGCCAAAGACGUGGUAUGGGGCUCCUGGUUAUGCCGCAGAGCACCUCGAGUCGGUCAUGAAGAACCUGGCACCUGAGCUGUUUGAGUCCCAGCAAGACCUCCUUCACCAGCUGGUCACCAUCAUGAAUCCCAACACGCUGAUGAACAACGGCGUCCCGAUCUAUCGCACCAACCAAUGUGCAGGGGAGUUUGUCAUCACUUUCCCCAGAGCCUACCACAGUGGGUUCAACCAGGGCUUCAACUUUGCUGAAGCUGUCAACUUUUGCACCAUGGACUGGAUGCCCAUCGGCCGUAAAUGUGUGGCACACUAUCGCCAGCUGAGCAGGUACUGUGUCUUCUCACACGACGAGAUGGUUUGUAACAUGGCCUACAAAGCAGACGCGAUGGAUGUCAAUCUGGCAUCCAAAGUGCAGAAGGAGAUGACCGUCAUGGUCCAUGAAGAAGAACAACUGAGAGAGAAGAUUAAUAAAUUGGGUGUGGUGCAAUCUCGACAAGUUGAUUAUGAAGUUCUCCCUGAUGAGGAGAGGCAGUGCAGCAAGUGUCGAACCACCUGCUACCUGUCUGGCAUCACCUGUGCCUGCAGUCCUGGCAAGAUGGUGUGUCUGUACCACACCCGGGACCUCUGCUCCUGUCCUCCUAGCAACCUUACACUCCAUUACAAGUUUACACUGGAGGAGUUGUAUCCGAUGAUGGAAUCAGUGAAGCUGCGUGCCGAGUCCUAUAAGGAAUGGCUCUCUAGUGUGCAGGACAUCCUGGAGAACAAAGGAAACAAGAAAAGAGGUUUGGAAGAGCUUCACAGCCUGGUGGAGCAGGCAGAAACAAAGGCGUUCCCACAAAUCAGCCUCCUGGAUCAGCUACGCACAGUCGCAUCAGAAGCUGAUAAAGUUGCUGUCAUGGCCCAACAGCUUCUUAAUGGAAAGAGGCAGACGAGGUAUCGUUCGGGAGGAGGAAAGUCUCAAAACCAGAACGAGCUAACUGUUGAAGAGCUGAGGUCUUUUGUCCGACAGUUUGAUAACCUGCCGUGCAACAUCCGACAAGCUCCUUUACUAAAGGACCUGUUGACCCGGGUGGAUGACUUCCAGCAGCGCAGUGAGCAUCUCCUCUCUGAUGAGUCACCCAGCCCGCUGGAGCUGCAGGACCUGCUGGACGAGAGCCUGGGCCUGGACGUGGAGCUGCCCCAGCUGCCCCUGCUGCGGGAGAGACUGGAGCAGGCCCGCUGGCUGGAGGCUGUGCAGCAAGCCAGCAGCCGGCCAGAAAGCCUCUGCCUGGACACCAUGAGAAGGUUGAUAGACCAGGGUGUGGGUUUGGCCCCUCACAGCUCUGUGGAAAGAGCCAUGGCUCGUCUGCAGGAGCUGCUGACUGUGUCGGAGCAGUGGGAGGAGCGGGCCCUCAGCCAUAUGGAAGCCAGGCCGCAUCGCAACAUGGAAACACUCGAUGCCGCUCUACAAGAAGUAGAAAACAUCCCUGCUUAUCUGCCCAAUUGUCUGCAGCUGAAGGACGUCGUCACCAAGGCCAAGAAAUGGCUCCAUGAAGCCGAAGCACUUCAGCUCGGUGGACGUAUUCCUGUGCUGGACAGCCUCUCUGAGCUGCUCCUCAGAGCAGAGGGCAUCCCGGUGAUGCUCGAACCGCUGAGUCGGAUAGAGGUCCUCGUCAGUGACGUGCAGACCUGGAAGGAGAGCGCGGCAAAGACAUUCCUACUGAAAAACUCGCCUUUCUCUCUCCUUGAGGUGCUUUGUCCAAGAUGUGAUGUAGGCACUGGGCAUCAAAAGUCGAGAUCUAAAAAGGCAAAAGAAGCUACACAGAUCAGUAAAAAAUCUCCAACAAAACUGGAGUCUUUGAGUGACGUGGAGAGAGCUCUCUCUGAGAGCAAGGACUCUGCCUCUGCCAUGGCAACUCUCGCAGAGGUCCGCCAGAGGGAGAUGGAUAUCUUGUUGGCUCUGCGUGCUUCAAACGAGUCCAAGCUUGUUCCGGCUGAACACUGUUGUGCACUUGGUGUUUGCGUUUGCCAAAAGGCCCCUUCAGGUGCCAUGAUGCAGUGUGAACUCUGCCGAGAAGUUUUCCACUGCGGUUGCGUUACAACACCGGUAAACCUCGAGUACGGCCAAGCCUGGCUCUGCCCACUUUGCCAAUGGUCGAGGAAACCCCCUCUGGACAAGGUCCUGCCUUUGUUGGCUUCACUGCAGAGGAUUCGUGUACGGCUGCCAGAAGGGGACGCCCUGCGCUUCCUCAUCGAAAGGACGGUGCGCUGGCAGCACAGAGUUCAGCAGGCAUGCACAGAGGGGGUGCUGAAGAAAGUGUCAAAGAUGGGGAGAGUUGGACCUGGAAUGUCUUCACAUCUGACUCAGGAAAUAAACGGUUCAUUUUUCCAUACAGAGCACCAGUCUGUUCCACUCCAGGGACUCGGCCAUGAGCUGGAGGAGCUGAUGGUGGAGGGAUUCCUACUGCAGGUCACUCUGCCUGAAACUGAGCAGCUGUACAAAUACCUGUUGUACAAACUGGUCCCACUGCUCUCACAUGGCGCCCCUUGUGGGAACAACACAGAACAGGACCAACAGUCACAGAGAGGGAGCCCCCACCACAACAAGAAUGGCGUUUCCGGUCUCAAAAAGGAGGCGCUGAACAGUCCGAGCAAAAGGACCAAGCGGCGUAAGGAAAGCUUCGACUCGCAGCAAAGCGAGAAGGCCAAGAAGAUCCGCAAAAAUAAGUUUAAGAAGAGCAAAGAGAAGUGCGAAGACACCACAUGGGCGUGUUCUCCGACACACCCAGUGUCCGACCCCACUGCUUCAGAUUCAGAGGAAGACUACUCGCUGUGUGCUGCACCAUGGUGCAGAGAGCCAGAGGGCGACGAGGUAAACUGGGUCCAAUGUGACGGCAGCUGCAAUCAGUGGUUCCACCAGGUCUGUGUAGGACUUUCUGCUGAGCGAGCAGAGAAGGAUGACUAUAUUUGCAUAAGCUGCACACAGCCAGACUAUGACCGAGGAGAAUGAAGACCAAAAAGCGACUUUGAUGGAUCUACAUUUUUUGUUGCGAACCCCAGCACUUAAGUGCACACCUGAACUCUGUGUGCUCCUGUGGCUUCUCCCCUUUUACCGUCUGGCUUGCCUGUAGUUAAAAUGGUGCUAUUCACUGUUUUUUCCCCAGAGUUACAAAAGACUUCUGUCACUGUUUUUGUCACGUGGCUGGUUUUUCAGCCAAUCAACUAAUCCUUUCUGAAACUUUCCAAGACUUGAUGCAGAUGUACAAAAUUACAAAAUGUUUCAACACCGCAGGGAUUUUUCAACCAAAAAAAGUCAAUUUGACAUCACAUUUUAGAACUGCUUUUUUCUUCUUUUUUUUACAUCUGAACAAUGUGAAACUUAUCUUUUUCUUGUAGAGUAAAUAUUAUUUAUCUAAGCAAUAACUGAACUGAUUAAUUAAGGUUCAGUUUUCACCUGAGCUAUAUUUGUGCUUAUAAAUUCUUUGAUAGAUUGCCUUCUUGAAACAAAAACCCUGAAGAAUUCACAUGAAUCCUCUUAAUAUUGACCAGUUCAAUUUAAUAUUUGUGAACAAAAUUUGAAUUCGAAACGAGAGAGUAAGGACUGUAUGAGCAAUUUGAUCCAACAUGUGCAAAAGUGUGCACCCCUAUCCCAUAACAAAUCACUGAAUUUGAUAUAAAGUCUGGUUCCUUUUGCGGUGUCUGUAGAGGAAAACAGUGUUUGCGUUGCUUAAGACUUAAUUAUGUUCACAAAAUAAGAAUGAACUGUCCAACAUCAAAGGAAUGUACAUUUUGUUUUAGGGUGGAUUUGUCCAUUUAUGGUUUAGAUGAAAAUAUUGUGUUGGACUUAGAUUUAACAAAGACUGUGUGAUUUAUUUGUCACGGGUAUAUGACCUUUUUCUGCUUUUGGGUAAAUAAUAUAAUUCAUAUGUUGCAGUUUGCAUUAUAAAAUAAAAAAAGUUUGUUCCCAUAUG